CAAUGGUCGAUCACUUCACACACUCAUUCUUGGAGACAGUGAAGUAAACUGAAGAUAUCAACAUGAAAUUAUUCCGCAAUACGCUACUACUUGCCACCGCUGUGGUGAUGGCGAUGGCCGCUUCUUCUUCGUCCAUGAUGGAGAUGUGUUCUGAAUCCAACAACAAUGGCAAGUGCCAUCGCAUGAGCAAGGAUAUUGACACUAAACGGCACUGCAACCUAAGUGGCAGUGACAAGUGUUCAACUUCACACUGUUGCAUGGAUAGACAUGGGGACGACGAUGAUGAUGAUGAUGAUGAUGAUGAUCACAAGAUGAUGUGCUCCAGCGAUAAUAACCAAGGCAAGUGCAAGGUUAUGGGCAUGAAGGUAGAUAAGCACAGACACUGCUUCCGGUAUGGUGAUGAUAAGUGUGCCAGCUCACACUGCUGCAUGGAUCAUGAUGAUGACGAGGAGGAAAAGAUGAUGUGCAAUAAGGAUAAUAACCAAGACAAAUGUAAGAGCUUGGGUAAGAUGAUUGACGAGCACAUGCACUGCUUCAGAUACGGCGAUGACAAGUGUGCCAGUUCUCACUGCUGCAAGGAUCACGAUGACAGCAAGGACCAUGACAAGCAUGAGAAGGAUCAUGGCAUGAAGCACGAGAAGGACCAUGACAUGGAGCAUGAGAAGGACCAUGACAU